GGGGGCGAUUAAGACCAGUCGGCGGAUCGUCGUUUAGUAGCGAGCAGAUCGAGAUUGCUGAAGAUGUCGCCAGUUUUGACGGCCCUGUUGGCGAUUUUCGCCUUCGCUUUUCUCUAUUUGAUCCGUGUGUCGAGGCGGGCCAAUUCUUUCUUCACGGAGCGGUCGGUCCCACAGCUGAAGGCCCACCUUUUCUUCGGCCACUGCCUAGACAUCCUCCUGGGCCGGUGUUCCCAGGCCGACCUGUGCCAGAGGGCAUUCGAGGCCUUUCCAGACUCCCCGGUGGUCGGAUUCGUCAAUUUUCUCUCGCCCUGCCUCAUGGUGAAGGAGCCCACUUGGGCUGAGAUGGUCCUUGUCAAGGACUUCUCCAGCUUCGCGGACCGUGGUUUUGAGUUGGAGGACAGCCUCGACCCACUCAGCAUCAACCUGUUCAACAUGACAGGGAAGAAGUGGAGGGCCGUCAGGAACAAGCUGUCUCCCGUUUUCACGACCGGUCGACUCAAGAACAUGUUCGAGAGGAUGACGGAUGUCGGGGGAAAGCUGGUCGACGCCCUGGAUGCCUGCGGAGGUCGUGCCGUGGAUCUCAACGAGGUGUCGGGACGUUUCGCCAACGAUACGGUCGGACUUUACGGCCUCGGGGUCGACCCUGGCAGCCUCACCAACCCCGAUUGCCGGUUCAGAGAGGAAUCGAAGAAAAUCAUCAACCUGGGACCGAUCCAGUAUCUGAAGUUCAUGGUGAACCUUUUCUUCCCCAGAGUGAGCAGGUACGUCGGCAGCUUCAUACCGGCAGACGUUCAGAGGUUCUUUGUAGACAUCAUCAAGAAGACGGUUGAUGAACGGGUGGCGAGCAAUGUCAAGAGGGACGAUUUUGUCGACCUGAUGCUCCAACUAAAACGGAAAGGCUACCUCGAAGUACAGACUAGAGAUCCCAACGACGACUACCUUAUGAUUGAAGAAAACCAAAAAGAAAAGAUAGAAAUUACCGAUGAAUUGCUGUACGGCCAGGCGUUUGUUUUCCUUGUCGCCGGUAUCGAUGGGAUCGCGACCCGUCUCACCUUCGCCUCCUACCUGCUUGCUAAGAACAAGGAAAUCCAGGAUAAAGCCAGACGAGAGAUAAGAGCCGCUGUAGAGAAGCACAAAAAGAUUAACUUCGACGCUUUGAAGGACAUGGUCUACCUUGACAUGUGUCUAAAAGAGUCCAUGAGGGUUUAUCCUCCAGGCCCGGGUGUAUUCAGGACUUGCACGAAGGACUUCACGUUCCCGAACGGAUACACGGUUCGAAAAGGCGAAGGGGUCAUCGUACCGAUCUUCGCGAUCCACAGGGACCCGAAACUCUACCCGGAGCCGUUGAAAUUCGAUCCGGAGAGGUUCGCCCCCGAUGUUGACCACGGCCCGUGCACUUUCAUGCCUUUCGGCGUAGGACCGAGGAUGUGCAUAGCCAUGAGGUUCGCCGUUCUUCAGGUGAAAUACGCCCUCGUCAAAGUGCUCAUGAACUAUGAGCUAGAUGUGAAUAUCAAAACGGUUGAACCGAUUCAAUUCAAAUCGAAAACUCUUCUUUCGAUACCGAAAUACCCGAUAUAUUUCAAUUUAAAGAAAUUCCGACGGACGCUGUCCCCACCAAGGUCAAAACCAGUCAUGUCACCAGCACUGGCGACACUACUGGCAGUGGCAGCCAUCCUGCUAAUAUACGCCGUCUACAAGACCAAGAGGAUCUACAGGACAUGGAAGGACCGAGGGGUGAAGAACGAAGAACCCGUCCUCAUCUUUGGAAAUAUGUUGAGGAUCUUCCUCCGCCUGUCUUCCCAGGGCGAGAGGUUGAAAGAGGUCGGCGACAUGUUCCCGGAGGAGAAGGUUAUCGGCUUCUACGUCUUCCUCAAACCGAUGUUGAUCGUCAAAGAUGCUGAAGUGGCCGAGGCAGUCUUGAUCAAAGACUUCCAACAUUUCGUCGAUCACGGUUUUGACGUGGAUGAAACCGCCAACCCGCUUGAUGCUAACCUUUUCAACAUGAACGGCAAAAGGUGGAGAGCUUACAGAAACAAGCUUUCGCCGAUAUUCACAACAGGGAAGUUGAAAUCCAUGUACGGACUUAUGACGGACAUAGGUGAUAAUUUGAUGAAGGCGAUAAACAGAGAGAAAACGGAAUGCUUGGAGUUGAAAGACGUCCUGGGACGUUUUGCCAUGGACGUGAUCGGGUCUUUCGCCUUCGGACUCGACGUUUGCACCCUGGGCGAUCCCGAGUCCAAAUUCAGAAAAAUGGGCAAGAAACUGGUCGGGUUUAACAUCAGCCAGAUCCUAAAAUAUUUCAUAACGACCAACUUCCCUAAAGUUUCUAAAAAGCUCGGCUUGUCGUACAACAUCGGAGCCGAGUACCGAUACUUCGUUGGCAUCGUGAAGGACGCUAUUGAACUCAGGACGAUGAGCAAAACGUCCAGGAACGACUUUGUCGACCUCAUGCUACAGCUUAGGGAUAAAGGAUCCGUUGAAAUAACGACUAAAGACCCAGGAGAUGAAUACUUAAGGAUCAACGAAAAUUACACAAAAGAUUCAUUUGAGGUGACAGAUGACCUCGUGAUCUCUCAGUCUUUCGUCUUCUUGACGGCCGGCUUUGAAACAACAGCUGCAAUCAUGGACCUCGCCUUUUACGAGUUGUCCAAAAAUCCCGGGAUACAGGAACGAGCCAGGGAGGAGAUAAACGAGAAAGUACGCGAACACGGCAGCCUCAGCUUCGACUCGGUCAAGGACAUGACCUACCUGGACAUGUGCUUGAAAGAGACGAUGAGGAAGUACCCGCCGACUCUCGCCCUUUACAGGAAGUGUACGAAGGAGUACGCAUUUUCAAACGGUCUUACCGUCAAACCUGGCGAAAGGUUGAUUGUGUCGGUCCUAUCGAUUCAUCACAACCCUGAGUACUACCCUGACCCUGACAAAUUCGACCCUGAACGUUUCGGACCCGAUGUCUUCCAGAAGCCUUGCACUUUCAUCCCUUUCGGCGAAGGGCCAAGGAUGUGCAUAGCGAUGAGGUUCGCCUUGCAGCAGAUGAAAUUCUGCCUUGCCAAGACGAUGAUGUCCUACAGGAUCAAGGUGAACCCAAAGACGAAAGAACCGAUUGUCCUAAGCAACAAAACUUUCUUCACUACUACAAAAAACCCGAUUUAUUUUACUCUAGAAAAGAUUUCUUUAUAAUAACAUCUAAUAAAUUAGGAAGAUUUCUUUCUUAACCUGUUUAUAUGUAACCUUCAAUUUUAAGGUGGAUAAUUAUUAAAAAAACCUUCCGAAUUCAACUGGAUAACUAUGUAAAACCUAUUUUCUACAAUUGCCUAACCGGAUUGUGAGAAAUCAUGUGUUUUUUAAAUACUAACAGUUAUGUAAACCUACUUUUAACUACUGACUAACCUGUUUAUGUGAAACCUUUCUUUCUAACGGAUAACCGCGUAAAACUUACUUUUAACUAGUGACUAACUUGGUUAUGUGAAACCUUUCGUUCUUAUGCAUAACCGCGUAAAACUUACAUUCACCUAUUGACUAAUUUAGUUGUGUGAAAAGUUCUUUAUGCUACUCGGUAACCAUGCAAAAUGUACUUUUAUUUAUUGAUAAAAUGCUUUUAUGAAA